ACCCACCCAGAGUCCACACCGAAAAAUCCGCGCAGCGUGGACUCGCCUCGCGCACCACUCCAUUCCAUUUCUCCCCUCCUCUUCGACUCCUCCGCCUCGCCGGCGUCGCGGCCGCCGCCGACCCCCCGUCUCCUACCCCGCUCGAUCCCUUCUCCCCUUCCUGCCCACGCAGUCCCCACCACCGCCGAAUGCGGGACCCUCGCCGUUGGUGACCGAACCCUGUCGAGUUAGUUGAGCGAGCGCCGGCCGGACCCCGGAUCUCGCAUGCGCCGCCGCCGACGUCGCGCGAUCUAGCGGCUGCGCGCUGCCCCGUGGGAGGGUAGGGCUUCUGGGGCCUGGUGCGGUCUGGCGGCGGAUAUGGCUACGGAGGCGUCCACCUCUGCGGUGGGUUCGGGGGGCGGGAGCUGGGUGGAGGGGAUGUCCGCGGACAACAUCAAGGGGCUGGUGCUCGCGCUCUCAUCCAGCUUCUUCAUCGGGGCCAGCUUCAUCGUCAAGAAGAAGGGUCUCAAGAAGGCCGGCGCCUCCGGCGUCCGCGCAGGUGUUGGUGGUUACUCUUACUUGUAUGAACCAUUAUGGUGGGCAGGAAUGAUUACAAUGAUUGUUGGAGAAGUGGCUAACUUCGCAGCAUAUGCAUUUGCUCCUGCUAUCCUGGUCACACCACUUGGUGCACUUAGCAUCAUCAUUAGUGCUGUUCUUGCAGACAUUAUGUUGAAGGAGAAGCUUCAUAUAUUUGGUAUACUUGGGUGUGUUCUUUGUGUUGUGGGUUCAACAACUAUUGUACUCCAUGCCCCUCAGGAGCGUGCAAUUGAAUCUGUAGCAGAAGUGUGGGAUCUUGCUACUGAACCAGCCUUUCUAUCUUAUGCUGCUAUCGUUCUUGCUGCAACUUUUGUGCUCAUAUACUAUUUUAUCCCACAAUAUGGUCAGACGCACAUCAUGGUCUAUAUUGGUGUUUGUUCACUUGUAGGAUCUCUGUCGGUCAUGAGUGUGAAAGCUCUUGGGAUAGCCUUGAAACUGACCUUUUCCGGAAUGAACCAGCUAGUUUAUCCACAAACAUGGUUGUUCACUAUUGUUGUUGUUGCAUGUAUAGUAACACAAAUGAACUAUCUGAACAAGGCUCUUGACACUUUCAAUACAGCAGUUGUAUCACCGAUAUAUUAUACGAUGUUUACAUCACUGACCAUUUUGGCUAGCGUGAUAAUGUUCAAGGAUUGGGAUCGGCAGAAUCCAACUCAGAUUGUAACGGAGAUGUGUGGUUUUGUUACCAUCCUUUCUGGGACAUUUCUUCUUCACAAGACAAAAGAUCUGGUUGAUGGUCACCCACCAAAUCUACCUGUCCGAAUACUGAAACAUGCGGAUGAAGAUGACUAUGCUGCUGAAGGAAUUCCUCUUAGAUCUGCUGCGGAAGGCAUUCCACUUAGAUCACCAAGGGCAGCAGAAUCAUUUCGAUCAACGUUAUAACACUAGAUGAUAGAUGAUUUUGUGGCUGGCAUGCUCAGCCACGGGCAGCAAAAUCAUUUUGAUCAAUGGUGUUAUAGCACUUGAUAGUUGGGGCGGUCGUGCUAAGCCAUUCUUUCAUUUUAUACACCUUUGUAGAUUGUACCUUAGGCUUCUUCAAAAGGUGAAAAGGGGGGCCACUACCCUUGUAAUUUUUGAGACACAGGUGUAGAGUAUUGGGGAACGUCUGUUAUACCUCACGAGAUGCCCAGAAUGGGCUUAGAUCCAUUUUUUGGAUAUACGUCACGUUGAUCAAUACAAGGCCGUUCUCAACUGAUGUAUUCUUUGGAUAGAAAAAUAGGAAAAGAAUCUGAAGAAGGUAUGUUGCUA